AUUUGGAACGAUCUUGAUCAGCUUGACAGUGCCUUGAUGUCUUUGAUGCGACCACCAUAUGGUAUCGAUAAUUACGUGAACAUUUGCAAUGGAUUCUCUAACUUCUACUCGUGCCUCGGUCCCCAAAACAUUCAAUAUUGCCUUGGACUGAUAGGACUGGUGGGAAUGGGCAAGUCACCUCAGGACGCUUAUUCUUACGAAGGAUUUCUAGCCGAUUGGCGGUUCAAAUGCGGUGCGGGCUUUUUCGCCGUCUACGAAAACAUCACUCUAACAGCUUGUACGCAAAGCACUUACGUUAACUAUAACGAUGCAAUGACGGCUACUAUUAACGUCUAUAAAAGGAAUGUCACCGCCGAUACGGAUAACGCCUGCACGUAUGCGCAGAACCUUAUGGAUUCCUUUGGCUCAGUCUACCGCAAUGGAGCGUGCAGAGUUUGCUAUAUCGCGAUUCAGAACGACGCGCAAUGGUACGGCUGUAAUUCAGCACGUGAAUACACAAAUGCCCAGUUCAAGCAUUGUCAGCACUCAACCACUUGUCAAAGUAAGGUUUGCAGGUUUCUUACGACCGUUUGUAAGAAUUGA